GAAAUACGUUGACGUGAAGACGGUUGAAAGUAAGCACCUCAAUGAUCUCGGUUACAAAUACAAGUGACUUUUUUUUUUAAUUUCGAACGUAAGUGGACAUAACAUAAUCAAGAUGGGAGAAAAUUGGACAGAAGAACAGUUACUUAAUAUUAUAUCGCUUGAAGUUAAAAAAACCACUAGAAACCUAUUCAGUAUAUGGCAACAGGUUGGAUUUGAAGAGGAAGUGACAAAUAAAUACAAAAAAGAUAUUUAUAAGCAUAUACAGGAGUUGCUUAACGAUAUGGAAAUUGAAGCUGAAGAAAACAAAAAUAAUUACUUAAAAAACAUUGAUAAAAUGGUUCAGCUAGUUCAUACACUAAGUAAUGAAUUAAGAAUUGAAAUAUCGAUGCCUAAAUAUCAAGCAGAAUCACUACUUAAUGCCACAAUCGUAUUAAAGAAAAAAAUUAGAGAAUUGGAAAUACUCAAAGAACAUCGUAUGUCAGAAGUUCAAGUUUUACUUGAUAAGGAGCGUCAAAUAUGUAAACAUCUUGGAUUGCAGCCAAAUGGUUUUAAAUUUUCAGUCCCUAAUUCUGACGAAAUAAAAGAUUUUGAAUCAAAUUUAAUGACAUUAGAAACCGAAUUAUCAACUCGUAAAACUAAUUUCAUACAUUUGCGACAAUCGAUUGUAGAAAUGAUGGAGGAAAUGGCAUUAAGUCCGACAAAUAAUUUUGAACGACUAAUUUGGCAUGAUUCUCAUGAUUUUAUUUAUUCUAGUAUUAACAUGGCUAAGUUAGAAAAAUUACAUGAUGAAAUACAGGAAAGAUUAGCAACAAUGAAGGAGAAAGCGGAAAAUAAACGUCAGGAAUUACUAAAACUUUUGAAAUAUUUAGAUGUACCGAAGGAUAAAUACGAAAAUAUCCUAACAAAAUACUCUGGUUUUGAUACAAUUACUAUAAAUGCCUUGGAUAAAGAACUUCGAAAGUACAUGAAGAAAAAAGAAGAAAAUAUGUCUACUUUUAUUAGAAAAAUAAGAGAAGAGUUAGAACAUUGGUGGAAUAUAUGUAAAUUAAGUCCUCAAGAACGAGAACAAUUUCGUUUUUAUACUUCAGAAAUAUACAAUGAAGACACAUUAAAGCUUCAUGAACUUGAAGUUGAAAAACUCAAAUGGUUUUACGAGUCAAAUCAAAAAUUAUUCGAAUUACUUGAUAAAAGAGAUGAAAUGUGGGAACAAAACAAAGAGUAUCGUCGUCAAAUUGAAAAUCCAAGUAGAUAUCAUAAUCGUGGUGGUCAGCUUCUCGCUGAAGAAAAGGCUCGAAAAUAUUUAGCUAAGAAUCUCCCAAAAGUUGAAGAACAACUUAAAGAAAUGGUUAUUGAAUAUGAAAAUACACAAGGUAAACCAUUCACAAUCUAUGGAUUACAAUUAACGGAAUAUUUUUCAAAGCAAAUAAAAGAUCUCGAAACUGAAAUGGAAGAGUUAAAAGCUGCAAAGUUGAAAGCGAAAGAUGAAAGAUCUGCUAAAAAAACACCUUUAAGUGCUUCUCGUCGAAAUUUGGCAUAUGCUAGCAUACGAGGGACUAAUACUUCUCUUAAAAGAAAAGAUCGCUCACCUUUGGCAGGUGUUGCAAAGUCUGCACGUUUAGCCAAUAGCGAAAAUAUUUAUCCAAAAGUUGUUAGUUCAAAAAUUCGAAGGAGUGGGCGUUUAAAGGUAGCACGUAAACUUCUCUCAUCAUCGAAAAAUUCACCCAGAACCCCAAAAACUCCAUCGGUAUCUAAAAACAAAACUGAAAUUGGUGAUACUAAUAGUUCUAAUAAUACUACGAAAGUUUUUCAACAGUAUGAAGAAUUUCAAGAACAUUUAGCAAAUAAAGACGAACUAAGGAGUACACUAAUAAUUGAUUUAAAUGAAACAGUAAAAACAAAGAAACCAUUAAAAACUCCGGUUAAGCCAUCCAGAAAACAUUGUUCUCCUCGUACACCUUUGAGGAAAAGUAAAUUAACAUGUGCAAAUCAAAUGAAAAGUCCGAGAUAUUUGUCUACCCCUAAACUUGUUGCAGCGCCUAAUCCAACUAAUGAAAAUGUAUUUUAAUAUCAUAUUUAUUUAAAUAAUCAUAGUAUUUCGAAUCAAAAUUUAAAAAGAAAAAUGUUAAUAUUUAAUUAGUUGCUGGAAGCAACUACAAUUUAUUUUACCAUUAUAACUUAUUCGAAUGUAGAUUUUCAAUUAACUCUUUCUAUCUAUAAAAUUACUUUAAAAUACGUCGUAAAAUUAAUUUCAUUAAUUGAUUAUAUGCUUUCCGAAUAGAAUUGAGCUUGCAAUAUAUAUUAUUUAGUUUCAUAUGC